AUGACCAGGAUUCUUUGCCAACAACAGCAACAACACCCCAACAGGGACCAGAGCGCCGAGUACGACUGGGCAGCCAUGCUCAUCACCUGUGUACGUAACAGGAGCGCACGCGCAUCUACCGGCAAGACACCAGGUGUCAGUGAGCUGCCAGCGCAUACCAGGCUGCGAGGGUCAGGGUUUGCUGGUACUGGCAUAGCACAUGCUUACAGACCUUUUGACUGCUUUGCGCGACUAACCUGCUUGUUUCCCUAGCUUUGAGCAUAGUGCCGUAAAUCUUGGCCUCGGAACGAUGAGAGCACUUAUACUCAGCGUUUUUCAUCGCACCGACUUUCUUCUUAUUUAGCAGCAGCAGCAGCAGCAGCAGCAGCAGCAGCAGCAGCAGCAGCAGCAGCAGCAGCAGCAGCAGCAGCAGCAGCAGCAGCAGCAGCAGCAGCAGCAGCAGCAGCAGCAGCAGCAGCAGCAGCAGCAGCAGCAGCAGCAGCAGCAGCAGCAGCAGCAGCAGCCUCUUCCCAGGGCACUAUAG